AUGGCAGACAGCCCGGACCUCCUCACCGUCUUCGACCGCUGGCGCGCCACCAAGCCGCAACACGUCGUCCACACCUGGCUCCGGAGCGACGGGACUGUUAAAGACGAGUACACGCUGCGAGCCUUGUAUGACGCUGCCGGUGCUGUAGCGUCGCAACUGCAAGGCGUCGACGUCGCCAUCCUCUGCUACCCUCCGGGCCUCGAUUUCCUCGUGGCCUUCUACGGGUGCCUGUUUGCUGGAAUGGCGGCGGCGCCGUGCUACCCGCCGGACCCGCGUAAUAGGGAAGCUAGGACCGCGCGCCACUUCGAGAGCAUCGUGAGCGCGUCCGGCGCUUCAAUAGUCCUCACGACAGCUGCCUAUCUGAGAGGACGAACGUUGCUGAGGGAAGACACGCUCGGCGUGCGGUGGCUGGCCACCGAUUCCAUCAAUUCAGCACCGCUACCACCUGUGAGACCACCGCCAGCACUCGCCUUCCUCCAGUACACGUCCGGUUCGACAUCAACACCCAAGGGCGUCAUGAUAGGCCGUACUAACUUAGCGCACAACCUCCGGGUCAUCACAACAGCACUCGCCUCCGACGAAAACACUGUAUGUGUAAGCUGGCUGCCGCAGUACCACGACAUGGGCCUCGUCGGGUCUUUGCUGGGGACCUUGUAUUGUGGCGGAAGAGGCUACCACUCGUCGCCCUUGGACUUUGUCCGGGACCCUACAAGUUGGCUCCGCAACUUAUCAGAUAGAGGAGCAACACAUACGCAAGCGCCUAGCUUCGCCUUCGGCCUCGCCGCGCGCAAGUUCCUGUCGUCUCCCUUACGAAUGCGGGUGGAUUUGUCCUGUUUGCGGCAUGCGACGAACGGCGCGGAACCGAUCCGAGCGGCCGACGUGGACGCUUUUUGUAGUGCUUUCGCCGGUCAUGGCUUGCGCGAGGACGCGGUGGUGGCGACCUACGGCCUCGCCGAGCACACGGUGUUCGUGUGUCGCGCGACGGCGCCGAAACGAAGAGAAUUUGAUGCAUCAGCUCUUGCCAGUGAUCAAAUUGUUCCGGGACAAGGGACUGUGCUCUUCGGGUGCGGUAAAUGCGACGACGUCGAGCUGGCCAUCGUGCGAGAUAAGAAGCGUUGCACGGGCGUGGGCGAGAUCUGGGUCCGAAGUCCGUCGCGGGCCCGAGGCUACUGGCGCGCCGUCGAGAGCAGCGCGGCGACCUUCGGGGGCUUUUUGGAGGGAGAAGGCCCCGUCGCUGUGGAUGCGGACGGCGCCGUGGCGCGGGAAGGUUGGUUGAGAACUGGAGACUUAGGGUUUAUUGAUAAACAAGGCGACCUCUUCGUCUGCGGCCGGUCCAAAGAUCUACUGAUCAUCAGGGGCAAGAACCACUACCCCCAGGACCUCGAGGCGACGUGGGAGCGCGCCGCGCGGGCGACGUUCCGGCCGGGCUGUUCGGCCGUCGUUCCCUUAGGGAAAGACCGCGUCCAGAUUAUCUGCGAAGCUCGCAAAAAUUGUCCGGACCUCGCGGACGCUUGUGCUGUUGCUAGAUCAGCUGUGCAGAGGGCGCACGGUAUAGCAAUCGGUAAGGCGACGGUCGUGUCGCAGCGGGAGCUCAUAAAGACGUCGUCGGGCAAAGUGGCCCGAAGGGCGCGCUCGCGGCGUCCCUUCACGCCAUCGAGGCGACUCGUGUCCAUCAGACGAGGCGUAGUCGAGCGACCGCGACGCUCCGCGCAGGCCUGCCGCGACGCGCUCGAACAGGGCGUUUUUACGGUGCUGUACGCGUCCGAAGUGUCCGAGAAGAACACGUGCGAGAAGGCUUUAUCUACAGAAGAAAGGGCUCGAUUGCGAGCCACGCUCGACGCGGCAUCCGAUGAAGACGUGCUCCGGACGUGUCAGAAUAUCGCCGCCAAGGUCGCCAAGGUCGACCGCGUCGAGGGGUCACUGACACAACUCGGACUGGGCAGCAUGGAGGGUUUACAUCUCUGCACGGAGAUUGAGAACGCGUAUGGUGUGGCCCUGGACCCCGAGCUCCUGACUGAUGAUGAAUUAACUCUGGAGGCUCUGGUCCGUGUCUUGCGAAGGGGCGGCCGGGCGGGCCCUCGAUGUGAAGUGGUCGACGGCGCGCGCUUAGCUUUGUCGCGACGCGACGCGCUCCGACAAACGACGGAUCUGCGGCGCGUCGCGUCCAGGAAACGGGACCGCGUCGACGGUUCCGUGAUCGCGCGCGCUUCCUUGGUGGAUGGUUCCUUACAAGUGCCGAAACGAGCACAGUGUACUUCGCUGAAGGCGGAGGCGCCCCUCUCCCUCUCAUUGCCUUUAGUGUCGGUACUGGUCCUUUUCGUGAAGCCCCUGCUCGCUUUGCUCGUAUGCCUCUUCAUUAGCAUCGGCGUGUAUCUCAAAAGGGAUAUCAUAAAACGAAAACUGAGAGAUGUGUGGUGGAGCCACGUCGCAAAAACACACGAAGAGUCUUGUACGAGAAUCAUCAUCGAGGACCCCGCUAGUUUGAGACAGCAGGAGCCGUGCCUCGUGCUCAUACGCGACUCCAUUGGUAACUCUUGGAGUCAUUUAGCCCUAUGCUCUCUACAUGAGGAUCUUUUCGAUGUGGUCCCGGACGGCGUCGUCGUGCCGGCGCCCCACGGCAUUACGGAGUACCAGACCCUGUUGUUCUUCGGGGCGGCCUUUGCUAGAAGGAGAGGGACACUGGACGCGGUGGCCGCAGAUUUAUUUGCCGGUCGCGCCGCGUCGCUCAUCGUCGAAGCGUCUCAACUAUCAUCGCUGUCGGCCAUCGCUUCGUCGACGGGCUGCCGCGUCGUGUGCGCCUGUACGUUAGCGACGCCGUCUGGUCUGGUCCACGCGCUGGGCGCGCCUUGUCCUGGACGGACGCCGAAGGCUCUGAAGGAGGCCCUCGACGCCGCCGAGGCGCUCGCGCGGCGCGUAAAUUAGUGUUAAGCUUAGGUCUUCUUCUUCUUCGAAUUGUGUGCCGCGGCGGCGCUACGUAGAGCCCCACGGUGCCGCGGCCGCGCGGCCUACGUCGCCUCGUCGCCGGCG